CACACAAACUGUACAUAAUCAAUAGAAUCAGAAUCUUUCUCCUCUAAAUUCAAAAAAAUGUUGCGUAUACGAUCGCUGAUCAUUUUCCUAUCAAUUUCACUAUUUCCAUUUUCGGCAUUGACCCAGGUUUAUAAUUCUGGGCUUGGAUAUGGUGAUUCAGAUAAUGGGUCACCAUCAAAGAUAUUGAUAAAGGGGGGCACAGUUGUAAAUGCUGAUCAUCAGGAGCUUGCUGAUGUUUAUGUGGAGGAUGGGGUGAUUGUUGCUGUUAGGCCUAAUAUUAAGGUUGGUGAUGGCGUCAGAGUCGUUGAUGCGACCGGAAAAUUUGUCAUGCCAGGAGGAAUUGAUCCUCACACACACUUGGCUAUGGAGUUCAUGGGCACCGAGACAAUUGACAAUUUUUUCAGUGGUCAAGCAGCUGCAUUAGCGGGCGGGACAACCAUGCAUAUUGAUUUUGUUAUUCCUGUAGAAGGUAGCUUAUCUAGAGGUUACGAAGCGUAUGUUGAAAAAGCAAAGUUGGCUUGCAUGGAUUACGGCUUUCACAUGGCAAUCACAAAAUGGGAUGAUACUGUUUCCAAGGAGAUGGAAAUUAUGGUUAAGGAGAAAGGUAUCAACUCUUUUAAGUUUUUCAUGGCUUAUAAGGGUUCUCUUAUGAUCAGUGACGAGCUUCUGUUGGAGGGUCUUAAAAAAUGCAAGUCUCUUGGUGCAUUGGCAAUGGUUCAUGCUGAAAAUGGUGAUGCCGUUUUUGAAGGACAGACAAGAAUGAUUGAACUUGGUAUAACUGGUCCAGAAGGACAUGCUUUAUCAAGGCCUCCUGUGUUGGAAGGAGAGGCUACAGCUCGAGCUAUUCGUUUGGCUGCUUUUGUUAAUGCGCCAUUGUACAUUGUUCAUGUCAUGAGCACUGAUGCUAUGGAAGAAAUAGCAAGGGCUCAAAAAUCAGGGCAAAGGGUUAUUGGAGAGCCUGUGGUUUCUGGCUUGAUUCUCGAUGAUUCUGUCCUAUGGGAUCCUGAUUUCAUCACAGCAGCAAAGUUUGUCAUGAGCCCACCAAUAAGAGCACCAGGGCAUGGGAAAACACUUCAAGCAGCAUUAUCAACUGGAAUAUUAAAGCUUGUUGGAACAGAUCACUGCACAUUCAACUCUAAACAAAAGUCGCUUGGAAUUGAUGAUUUCCGCAAAAUACCAAACGGUGUUAAUGGUCUUGAGGAAAGGAUGCAUCUUGUUUGGGAUGCGAUGGUGGAAUCAGGCCAGAUAUCCGCAACCGACUAUGUUCGUGUAACAAGUACAGAAUGUGCCAAAUUGUUCAAUAUAUAUCCGAGAAAAGGGGCUAUACUUGCAGGAUCAGAUGCAGAUAUUAUCGUAUUUAAUCCAAAUACAACUUUUCACAUUAGCGCCCGGUCUCAUCAUUCUAGAUCAGACACAAAUGUCUAUGAGGGAAGAUCGGGAAAGGGGAAGGUUGAAGUAACAAUUUCUGGUGGUAGAAUCGUAUGGGAAAAUGAAGAACUGAAGGUUGCUCCUGGAUCUGGCAAGUAUAUAUCGAUGCCUCCUUUCAAUUAUCUUUAUCAUGGUAUUGAUAAAGCAGAUGCAAACUACCUUGCCUCUCUUAAAGCUCCUGUAAAUCGUAUCAGACCAACUCAAUAAGCUGUAAGGAGAAUACAAGCACUUUGACCACUAAGGUAAAACUGGCCAUUGCUUAUUUAAAUAAAUCCUCUAAAACUAAACUAUACUUCAUUAAACGUUACCUUAAAAAAAUGGUGCUAUUCAUGUGAGAUAGGUUAUAGUUUUCUUGCAUCAAUGUCCUAGGAUUAACCUCAAUGUCUAAAAGCAUGUAAUUCUUGAUUUCUUGCACGAUAUAUUAUUAGGUUGCCUUUUCGAAUACUUAGAAGAAUUAAGAACCUCAUUUGUAUAUACGGGUGUUUUGGUAAGUCUUUGUCUAAACAAUGUAGCUCGGUGUAUGGAAAUAAAAGAGCAUCGUAGUCCGUAAAUAUUCUCAUA